AUGCCAUGCAUUAAGAUCACGUGAGAUUAUCACAGAACCGACGACUUGGACAGGUACGUACAACUCGUUACAAGAUCUACGCGUGUUGCUCGACAUUCAGAAUGGCAGAAACCGAGGGAAUAGAUAGAGAGUUGUUUGAUGCUGUCGAAAAGAAUGACAUACCUAAAGCCAUCUCACUGAUAGAUCAGGGAGCAUCACUCAAUGCAACUCAAUGGGUUGGAGGCGUGAACAUUCUUAUGCAAGCUUGUUUUAACAAGAACAAGGAGAUGGCAGUUAUGUUGUUGGAACGAGGUGCAGGAGUCCAUGAUAUUACGGAUACUGGAUGGACUCCUCUGAUGGCAGCUGCAAGUGAAGGAUGUGAAGAGAUUGCAGAACUACUCUUGGAAAAGGGUUCCGAUAUGGUCAAGAGGAAUCACAUGGGCAUGAAUGCAGUUCACAUUGCAGCUGCUCAUGAUCGUGUAGCCAUUUUAGAAAAAUUUCUUGCUCGUGGUGUUGAUGUUGAAGUCAAUGACAAUGAUGGUUGCCCACCAUUGUGGCAUGCUGCUUAUGAUGGUCUAAUAGCUAGCUGUCGCCUUCUCAUGAAACAUGGAGCGGAUCCUAAUUAUUUAAGUGAAUCAGAAGGAACACCACUGCAAAUGGCAAGGAAUCAACGUCACAAGGAAGUUGUGGAUCUGAUGAGAGAAGUUAUAAGUAGUAGAAAGAAGGAUGCUUCCGCAACCACUUCCUAGUGUGCAAUGGACACUGUGGAACUUUUAUAUCAGUACAUUUGACAUGACAUGUUAUCCGGUAUCUAGUGGUCUCGUUGUAUUGGCAUUGUAUUUUAUUCACAAUA